GAAAUGAAAACCAAAGCAUGAUUGAACCACAAGGCCAUAGGAAUCAUAAUAAAUAAGAAAAUGCAUUCGAGAAAGAACAAAAAAAAAGAAGACACAUAAUUGAGGAAGUCGUCACAUGAGGAACAAUAUACAAAGUCAAAAUGUUGAACCCUUCUAAAAAGACGUCGACGUUACCCUUUAGCUUUCAGUCUUUCAUUGCGGUCUUAUCUUCUUCUUCUUCCCUCUCUCGGCUUCUCAUGUCUCCUCUAUAUUAUUACAUAACUGUGUUUUUCAAAAUUGCUUAGCGUACUAAUUUAAAACUGAGAUCAAAAGAAGAACACGAAACUCUCUGUCUUUGUUUCUCUCUGUGUUUAUAUUAUAUUAAAAGACCAGAUUUCUGUAAAAGAGAGAGUCAUAUUGGGGAUCUUUUUUUUUCUUUCUUAAAAUUGAGCUCUGAUGGCGAAUCAAGUAAAAGAGCGGACUUUAGAGCAGACCUCUACGUGGGCAGUCGCUGUGGUUUGCUUCGUCUUGCUAUUCAUUUCGAUUGUACUUGAACAUUCGAUUCACAAAAUUGGAAGCUGGUUUAAACGAAAGCACAAGAAGGCUCUUUAUGAAGCUCUUGAAAAGGUCAAAGCAGAGCUUAUGCUGUUGGGAUUCAUAUCACUACUACUAACAAUCGGACAAACACCAAUCUCAAAUAUCUGCAUCUCCGAAAAAGUUGCAUCAACAAUGCAUCCAUGCAGUCGCGCGGAAGAAGAUAGAAAAUACGGCAAGAAAGACACUGGAAAAAAAGAAGACGAUGAAGAGAAAUCGGGUCGAAGACUUCUCCUUGAGUUAGCAGAGUCUUAUAUCCCUAGACGAAGUUUAGCCACCAAAGGUUAUGACAAAUGCGCAAAUAAGGGGAAAGUUGCUUUUGUAUCUGCAUAUGGAAUCCACCAGCUGCAUAUAUUCAUCUUCGUGCUGGCCGUGGUUCAUGUUAUCUACUGCAUUGUUACUUAUGCUCUCGGAAAGACCAAGAUGAGGAGGUGGAAGCAGUGGGAGAAUGAGACCAAGACGAUAGAAUAUCAGUAUUCCAACGGUAUAUCCCGAGAGGUUCAGGUUUGCGAGGGACACAUCUUUUGGGAGAAGACAUCUCAAUUUUUGGAGCAAGACGAGUGUUACGCUAUGGACAGUGUGUUUUUUCAGACAGUUCUUUGGAUCUGUCACCAAAGUUGAUUACUUAGCGUUGCGGCAUGGUUUCAUCACGGUAAGGGAUUUAGAGAGAGAGAGAGAGAGAGCUAAAAUAAUACUCUCUUCAUCGUUAUCUCUGGAGAAAGUGAUCCAAAUUACUCCUUUUUGCAGGCGCAUUUGGCUCCUGGGAGCGAAAGAAGAUUCGAUUUCCGCAAGUAUAUUCAGAGAUCACUAGAAGAAGACUUCAAAACCGUCGUUGAAAUCAGUCCGGUUAUCUGGUUUGUCGCCGUGCUAUUCCUCUUGACCAAUACAAAUGGACUACGCUCUUACCUCUGGUUACCAUUCAUUCCGUUGGUUGUGAUUCUAAUAGUUGGAACAAAGCUUCAAGUCAUUAUAACAAAAUUGGGUCUGAGAAUCCAAGAGAAAGGUGAUGUGGUGAGAGGGGCACCGGUGGUUCAGCCUGGUGAUGAUCUCUUCUGGUUUGGUCAACCUCGGUUCAUCCUUUUCCUAAUCCAUUUGGUUCUUUUCACGAAUGCAUUUCAACUUGCCUUCUUUGCCUGGAGUACGUAUGAAUUCAAUCUCAGGAAUUGUUUCCAUGAAAGCAAUGCAGAUGUGGUCAUUAGAAUUGUAGUUGGAGCUGUUGUACAGAUACUUUGCAGCUAUGUGACUCUUCCACUCUAUGCUCUUGUCACUCAGAUGGGUACUAAGAUGAAACCAACGGUAUUCAACGAAAGAGUAGCCACGGCGCUGAAGAAGUGGCAUCAUACAGCAAAGAAGCAGACAAAACAUGGAAGACACUCUGAAUCAACCACACCUUACUCUAGCCGUCCAACCACACCAACUCAUGGCUCAUCUCCGAUCCAUCUUCUUCACAAUUUCAAUAACCGAAGCGUUGAAAGUUACCCGAACUCUCCUUCUCCUAGAUACUCUGGUCAUCAUGAUGACCACCAGUUUUGGGAUCCUGAGUCUCAACACCAAGAAGCUGGAUCUUCCACACAUCAUUCUACUGCGCAUGAAGAAGUCUCGGAAAAGAAGCCUGUUCUUGCAUCCGUGGAACUUCCUCCUAUACGUACUAGUAAAAGCUUAAGAGAUUUUUCUUUUAAGAGAUGAUUAGGUUAAUAUCUUAAAUAUGGGCAAAAUGAGAAAUUUAUAAAUAAUUUUACUAAAAGAUAUCAGAUUUCUCUGAAAACGUCCUCACAUUGCAUAUUCUGAUGACAUAUAACUGCUGAAUUUCAAGUUUAUUUUCUCAGUUUAUAAAAGGAAAAAAGUAUAACAUAUGGUUAGAAUAGAGUUUAUAUAAAGAUUGGAAUAAAGAGAGCGAUAUGUACUCCAAAGCAAACUUUGAAAGGUUUUGU